AUGCCUUCCAACAAUUCUUCCUCUCAACCAUCGACACACACACCACAAUCAAAAUCUUCGUCUCGGGAUGAUAUCGGGACGAGUGUACCCAUCCAUAAGACAUCUUCCUUUCAAUCGGAGAAACCUGAGUUUAGAUCCACUGAGGAAAUAAGUAAUUAUUAUCUAAAGAAUACAGCUGUUUUGCUUAAUGAAAUCUUAAAGUGUGUGGAAACAAAACACAAUCGUUUUGAAUGUAAAGAACAAAUUGAGAAAUUAUCACAAAAUUUAUAUGAAUAUCGAUCAGAAGUGAGUGCACAAGAACGAAUGUGGAAAAGCGCACUUGAAUCUGUUUCAACAUUUUCCAGACUACCCUUUCAGUCGAAUGUCAUGAUCAAGGAAUUAAAUCGUCAACAACGACAACUUUUUGAUGAACAAAGCAGACACAAUUUUAACAGAUUGACACGAGAACAGGGAUCUAUGGGAAAUGCAAAUGAUAACAUGUUUACAACAAUUGCAUCCGGAUUGAGAAACUUUGGAAAUUUUAUCUUUUCCAAAAUUACUCGAGGUGGAAAUGACGAUUAA